UAACUAAAGAAUUUUGAUGCUGAUACAUUUAAGAUUACCUUAGGACAUUAUUCUAGAUUUUAUCUAUAUCGUGACGUCGUGCUCACGUAUAGAUCAAUACUGAAGACUGUAAGUCUAUUACCUUUACCGGCUUUACCAUAGGGCACAGACAGACAUAAAUAUUAAAAACGGAUUCAAAAUUGAAGCUUACGAAGAAACUAAUAAGAAAAUAACACAUAAAUAUAUAGAUUCAAUUAAUGAUGCAUAUUGCCUAUCACAAGUAAUAAGACAUCACAAAAUACUGUUCAAAUGUUGAAUAUUUGAUUGACACCCUCACAAAUAGAGUAGUGUGUGCAACUGGUUGCUAUCUAUAAAAUGAUUCUGGUUACUAUAUUUUUGAAAGUUUUACAAAGGAAAUGUAUAAUAUUUUAUACAGUAGUGUGAUUAACAGAAAUCAUAAGGUGCAGUAGCAUAUAGGCCUAGAUGUUUGGUGCUCAAGGUUUUAAUUAAUUCAUUUUAUAUUUAUUUUUUAAAAUUGGAAGUCUAACUGAUUCAUCUAAGAUGAAUAGUCCUAAAGUAAAUAUGAGCAUUCAAGCUGCUAAAAAGGUGAAUGGUUUAGCAGAUCCAACUAAACCAUUUUCAUCAUUUAUGAAGUAUAAUAAAAAUGAUCUUGAAGUGACAUUGCAUUUCAUAAAAGCACCUGCCAUGACUACUUUUCUCAAAGAUAAGAUAUUUUCUAUGUUUAAAGAAAAUAUGAUGGAAAUAUAUAAGAAGUGUCCUUGGGGAUGGAAUGGGAAAAACAAACGUACAGAGUUAUUCCACAAAGAUGCUAGGUACAUUUUAGUUCGACAUUCAAGAGAUAACUCUCUAGCAGCGUUUGUGCAUUUUCGAUUUGAUAUUGAAAAUUUGAUUGAAGUGUUAUACCUAUAUGAAAUUCAAAUUGAAAAAAAUGUGCGUGGUAAAGGUCUUGGAAAAUACCUGAUGAGCUUCUUGGAAACUAUGGCAUUUCAUUAUAAGAUGAAACGUAUUGUAUUAACAGUGCUUAAAAGUGAAGUAGAUGUAGUCAAAUUUUAUUUUUCACUUCAAUAUGAAAUUGAAUCAUAUUCUCCCGAAGACGCAUUUUAUUAUAUACUAAGUAAAAAAAAAAAAACUUUAGAACUUACAAAGAAUUAAGUUUGCUGUAGGUUGAUUCUAAAUCUAUAAUAAUAAGUAAUUUAAAAAACUUUUGAUAAAUAUAUUUUAAUUUAUAUUCAAUUGA